UAUGGAUUUUCGUGUGUAAUUUAUGCGCCUCGUGUUAGCUGUAUGUUCUGUUGUUCUGCCUGUUUUAUGAUGUCUUGCUUAUUUUCUUUUUCUGUACAGCACUUUGGUCAACUUUGGUUGUUUUUUAAGGUGCUUAACAAAUAAAGUUAUUAUUAUUAUUAUUCAGUCACACACCAAAGGAGAUGAUUCAAUAACUGUCAUGUUACAACCUCCACAUCUAUGAAUGUUAGCCUACCUGCAUGAAUUUAUCCAAUUUGUUUGAAUACUCUGUGAGUUUGAUAAUACAUUUCUCGGCUUGUUUGACGGUUGUAGUUGACAAAGGAAAACCUUGCUAUGAAAGACCUGCCUAAGUUCUCAUCGGCCUUGAAAUUACAUUGAGAACAGACAUGCUUUAACAACAUUCUGAAAUUAGCAUAUUUAUUAUGAAAGAGAAGAUGGUCAAAAAUAUUGUGAGGAAUUUAAGAUAAAUGCAUUAUGUACACAACAUGGUGUCAUUCCAUCCACAAGGCAAUUCACAUCAGAGCACAUGUACAUUGAAAGAAGAUUUAAUAGAGGUUACGUUUCGUGGUUGGUGCGUGCAUGGAGAUAGUUGAACUGAGGAUAUUUUUUAUUUGCUCGUUUUCAAUUCCAGGAAGCCAAUGAAGAUGUAAUGCGUUCGAAAAGUUAUCCGAACCAGGUUGAAUCAUCGUUGUCUGUUCUACAAAAUUAUAGCACUUGUGAAGACUUAGAUUAUGACUUUACACGUGAUCAUAAUAGUCCAUCAAUAAAAGUUGGAAAUGGACAAGUGAAGCAACUUUCUCGGUUGACUGACUUGAACAUCAAGACCAAAUGGACACGGAGGAAAGGAUUAAGAAAACAAGAUGACAAAGACUCUCCUUUUGUCAGCAAAAGCGAUUUAGAGUCUUUUUCAAGUUGCAGCCGAUUAUCCAGUCAACAGCAUUCAUUGGAGAGCAAAACUUCAUUAGAAUUAUCUACCAAUGGAUCAGUGGAAAGCAGGCUACCGCCAUCUCCAACCUCCCGUAUUGGCAAUUCCUUGACAAGUUACUCAGAAGGAAGUGAGAGUUAUGCUGUAUAUGACUCUACUAUGGAGAGUGACUUUGAAUCCCGCACAACUGUGUUCAGCCAACAGCAGAAUUCACAAGGAGAUAGCCCUUGCUGCAGUCAGAGCAAUUCCAGCUGUAGCUGCGCUUUUUAUGAUGAUCUGAAAAUGGAGUUGGAGCCUGAUGGAUCCUAUAGCCAUACUUCUGAAAGAGAAUACAUGGAUGAAGAGGCAGUUUGUACCAGAAGUAUUUCAAGGUCGAGAUGGAGAAGAGUCGUUGAAAAAGUAUAUUGAUGUCACAAGCUGCUGUGGGGAUAAGCACCAGUCAAGUGGCCAACUCUGCUUCAGUCUCAGUAACUUCAGUUAUUGUUAUCUCGAGCAAAACUAUGAAACUGUAGGAAACUAGAUGGUUAAAUACUGGUAGUAAACAAAUCCCAUACCAUAAUGCUGGUAGUCUCGCAUAUUGUGGAAUUAAGGCAGGGUGAUAAAUGAGACAAAGGAGUACUAUAUUUGAAAUGUUCCUGCAGGCACCAGAUGGACAUAAUAUUGGCCAAUUUAUAGUAAAAAUAAAGUUCAAUUAGUCUUUGGGUCAGAACCGGAGACUAUGCAAAUCUGCCAAAGAUUGCUACCCAGAUCCAUCUAUUCACCGGAGAGCAUCUUUUCCUCAUAAUUCUUAAUUUAAACUACACUUUAAACAUUGUCUUCCACCUAUAUAGGAGGAACAUGAAGACACCAGUCAGGGGAUAUCCUGUACAAGUGUUUAAUGCUGCAAUGCAUUGAAAUGACUAAACUUACCGGAAUUACAGACGGCAAACCUAUUUUUUUUGCCAUUAAUGAAAUACUAAUACUACAUUAUAUGAAAAGUUUGCUAUCAUUUUUGAUAGGAAUAUCAUUUAAAAAUAUCUAUGAAAUGAAACUAAAAUCGAAACGCAAAAUAAAGCAAGCGCUAAUAAUUCUCUCGAAGGAGAGAAAAACACCCCUCAUUUGCAGAACAUCUUUUGCAGAGUAUCAGGGACAACGAGUUAUGAGAUUUGAGGUUUUAAGCUUGUCUCAAAGGAAAACAUACCGCUGGAAGUGUCUUUCAGUAUUAGCAGUGCUGUAUUUCAUAGUAUUUCAUGAUCAUGUUAAAUUGUCGGACAAAAUCUCAAAGGAAGUAAAAUUCAAAUCAUCAGGUGGAAAUUAUCUGCCUAUAACAUGAAUAGGUUUAUAUAAGUGAAACAAAUAAAUAUGCUUGAUGCCAAUGUAAUUUUCAGGUAAGAUCACAACAAAGUAACAUAUAAUGUUAAGGAAUGACAGGAUUAAUUAAAAUUAUCUUCUGGUAUAGGUAAUGGUAUCCUUCAUUGCGAAUAUGAUAGAAACACAAGUCCAGGAGCAGACCUCACAUUGUCAGAUCCAUUCCAUCAUUAAUUCAAUUAUGGCCCUAUCUUAACUCCAACUACCAGGCUUGUUACUUUCAUCCAACAAAAUCAUAUUUUCAAUUACAAUAUUUUGUAGCAUACUCAUAAAAUUAAUCUUUUGGAUCUUUUAGGUAACAGUGUUGCUGAUUAUUAAGGAGAAAAUAUAUUUAAUCUAUUGAAUAAGAUCUGUUUCAAGAUCUGAAAUCUUCAUUUUAGUCAUAGUUUCCAAACACUUUUUCAAGCUAGCACCAAAGAACUGGUUAAUGUAUUAGAGAUGGGAAAAUUACCUUGUAUCACCAUCAUUUAUGCAUUGUAUAUAAUAAAUUACCAAAAUAAAAACAUCUUUCUCCCAGUUAUAUACUCAAGAUUUUCUGUGAAUUGGAACACUUCAUGUUUUGUUGAAAUCCCAGAAUGUAGGGAGGAUUGGGAAUUUUGUGCACAUUAAUGUUGGCUAGAGUUAUGAGGGUGUUCGCAUUGUCCCAUUGGAGUGAGUUAUUAUGGCAAUUGCCUUUAAUGAGAGGUCUGAGUGACAUCAAGCAGAAUCUCACAGUGAACCACAUGCAGAAACAGUAACAUAGUGACAAAGCGUUUGGUCAAAGACUAUAUUUCAAGGGACAUCUUAGAGUAUGGAGAGGGAGCUAUAGAGAGGUAGGGAGAGUCAAUGAAGGAAUUCUAGAAUAUCAGGGCCAGGGGAAAAAGACUUGAAAAAUUGAGAUAAUUAAUUUAGCAAUGACUCAGCGACCAGAUUAGGUGGAGUACAGUAACCUCAAAGUAUUGUAGGGAUAGUUGAGAUAUAGAGAGUGGUAUGUAGUGCAGCAGGUGGAGCUGCUGCCUCACAGCACCAGAGACCUGGACUCGAUGCUCACCCAAGGGUGCUGUCUCUGUGUGGAGUUUGCACGUUAUCCCCUUGACUGCAUGGGUUUCCUCUGGGUCUCCAGUUUCUUCCCACGUCCCAAAGACAUGCAGGGUUGUAGUUCAAUUGCCCUCUAUAAAUUGCCCUUAGUAUAUUGGGAGUUGAAAGAUGUGAGAUAACAUAGAAAUGGUGUGAGGGGGCAAUCUAUGGUUGGUGUGUUAAUCAAAGGGACUUUAUCUGUUAAUCAAUUCCAUCAAAGUGAGGAGAUUGCAGAUGUUUGAAAUCGAGGAUGUUAAUCUUAAAAUCACCGUGUUGCUCCCUGUGAGCCAGUGGUUUAGUUUAGAGAUACAGCACAGAAAUAGGCCCUUUGGCCCACCGAGUCCGCACUGACCAGCGAUCCUGAACAUUAACACUAUCCUAGACACACUAGGGACAAUUUACACUUGUACCAAGUCAAUAGCCUACUAACUUGUACAUCUUUGGAGUGUGGGAGGAAAUCCGAAGAUCUCGGAGAAAAUCCACGCGGUCACGGGAGAACGUUCAAACUCCAUACAGACAAGCACCCGCAGCCAGAUUGAACUCGCGUUUCUGUAAGUGCUGUAAGGCAGCAACUCUACUGCUGCACCACCGUGCCACCCAUUAGGUUCAUUAAGGCUGAUGAAUGAUGAAAAUUUGGUACUUCGCAAUACAGCGAAGAGUUCUAGAGGUGUUCAACUGUUUGGAGUGUAGACACUGGUAAUGGGAUUUGUUUAUUAGUGUCACGUGCACUGAGAUACUGUGAAAAUCUUUGUUUAGUGUGCUAUACAGGCAUAUCAUUCGAUAUACAAGUACCUGUACAAUCAUAUUAUACAUGAGUACGAUAGGCAGUGGAAAAGAGAAAGCAACCAGACUGCAGAAUAUAGUGCACAGCUAUAGAGAAAGUCCAAAUGAAAAAUAUGCAAGUGUUGGAAUGAGAUAGAUUGUGAGAUCGAGAAUUCAUCCUUGGCCCAUAAGAGGUCUGUUCAAGAGCGUUUUGGGGCGCAAAGGAUUGAUAUCUGUUGGUUACAAGGUCAUGGAUGAGGGUAUCACUUGCAGAUUAAACCCUCAACUGUGACCUUGCUACCUAUAGACAUCAAUCUUUACUGAGACAUGGAGAUGGGAAGGAAGGGGGGUGGCUGAAUGAUUUAAAUAUUGGCUGUUUUGAAGAUGGAAAGGGUAUCGAGUUUGUUCUUGGAAUGAGUUGCAGUCUGGUUUGGCAGACUUUGAGAAAUACGCUUCAUUACAUGAGAAUUUAUGAUGGAGAUUGGGAAUAAUGAGCUAGAAAUCACACCUGCCAUGGAAAGGACACGAUGAAAUGGGGACUAAGGCCAGCAUCCUCUCUGAGGCAACUUGCACCAUAAAACAAGCUACGAGCAGUGGCACACAAUGCCUUAACCAGGAGCCUGGGUUUGAGAGUUUGAUAGCAUGGGGAUUGGUGUGCAAGUAGAGAGAAUGUUUGGGAGAAAGUAGCAAAAGCAUUAACGAAAAGACCUGAAAUGAUUUCCCAUUCAUUUAAUAAGCAUUUGGUAAAACUCGUUUAAACAGCACACAAACAUUUUGCUGUGCAUUUGAAUUUUGAGGACGGUAGUUGUUGAUGAUACUCUGCGUUAAUGUUUUGGCAGCAGUUUUUGGCACUGUAUCAAAUUAAGGGAAUCAACAUUUUUACUUAUUUCCAUUUCUAUUGUUGUAAAUUAUUAAUAAGUAUUU